AUGCCCCUACCCUCAAAAUCGAAAAGAGAAGAUAAAAGAUAUGAAUAUCAGAAGCAGAAAGUUCCCUGUUGGUGUGAAGGAUGCAAAGGCAAACACGUACCUCAAUACACACAGCAUGAUCACCAAACCAGGCCUCGAUACAACUCGGAGAAGCAGUCAGACGAUGAGCGUGGGUCCGUCAAGCUAGGAGCCACCGGGAUACUCAAGAAACUUGCGAAAAAACUUAAGUUGAGUCCGAAGAAGAAUAGCACAGGCCUGUCUACAGCAUCACCUCCUUCGCCCUCACAGACACCUCAGCCCGAUUCAAGACCUUACAGUGUUGGGGAGGCAGAGGGCGUGCAAUCGCACUAUCAGUGCUCACUUCCAUCGCCUAUGCCAGUGGAUUUCUCCAACGAUCCCUCGUAUGCCCCCAAACUGUGCCAGAGUGAUAGCGCUAACAUAUUGCUCGCCGUUGAACCCGAAGAUAGUAUUUUGGAGCACAGCGGAGAAGUUCUGCCGUAUCAUGGUGAACCUGCGCUCGACUUGCAAGUGUCGCACAGUGCUCCGGUUGCAGAUGACACCUCGUCUGGCAGUGCCCGUGCUUCACAAGAAUCUGUUCUCAGCUACGCUACCCAUUGUACCGCUAUAUCACCUGCACCCGAUCUGGGUGUGCAGUUUGAUGUCGACGUGAAUGAUCCUGAUGCACACAACCUGUUAGGUCCAAAUCUGGCCUUGGAUGCGAACGUACAGCCUGCUAUGGAACCUUGCCUUGAGAUGCAAGUCCAUCAAAAUGCCGAUAGGAUUCAUGAAGAUGUACAAGACAUGCCACACAAUGUACGCUAUGUCCCCCACGAGGUGCAUGAGGUGCCCCGCGACAUGCCACCCAACUCGAUCGAUAUAUUCACUGAUGCUGCAGAACACUGGUUCUGGCGUGUCUUGCUUUUGCUAUGUUCGUGGCUGCACCUCCACUAUCAUGUUCCCUACUGCACUUGUGCAUUGAUUUUGCAGGUUAUGCAGCUCAUUUUCGUAGCAGUUGGUCUCCUAUCGACUCAGGCUGAUGCACCUACGACACUACUGACGGCUAUCAAGAGACUGCACCUUGGUGACAACUUCGAGAUAAAGGCAAUGUGCCCCUCAUGUCGUCGCAUCUUUCCAAGCAGCCCAUCGCUGACACUACGGUGCUCCUCGUGCAACAUCCCCCUCUUCAAAAGAGUUGCUGUUCGUGCGCGGCUUGUUCUUCCAUUGGAGGCCUUUCAAGCAGAUGAUGCUGCAGACACCCAAGCUCAAGUACCUCUUCUGCAGACACCAUUCUCGCUCCUAUCGGAGCAACUACCAGCAUAUGUCAAUCGGCUUGAAGGGUCGCUUGACCCAUGGCGUGUCCAUCCUCAAACACCUCCAGGUCAACUAUGGAGCAUGCAGGAUGGAAAGUUAUGGCAAACCCUGCUGGGUCCUGAUGGCCAGAUGUUCUUCUACAAUGGUCAAGAUCGCACUAAUCCCGAUGAAUUGCGCAUCGGUAUUACCCUCCACUUUGAUGGAUUUGGCUACCAGCGCAGCCAGUUCUCUGGGAAGCAUAGCACAGGUGUGCUCUCAAACUGCUUUGCUAACCUUGAAGUUCAAGACAAAUAUCAAUCUAGAAAUCUAGUUCUAUGCGGUAUCACACCAGGCCCGAAGGAACUCAGCGCCGAUGAGCUGCAGCAUUUCAUGAAGGCAUAUGUAGAUGAUUUAUUGAAGCUGUACGAUGACAGGACUGUCAUCAAGAUGAAGCUGCAACCCGAAGGCCGGCGUGUGCAUGUCCUUCUAUUAGCAGUUUGCUGUGAUCAUCCGGCGCUGUGUCGAAUUGUGGGCUUCGGUGAUCACAAUACAAAGGAAGGAUUCUGCUCAAGGUGCAAAAUCAAACAUGCAGAUCUUGAAACGGAAGCAGGGAUGACAAUCGGUGCAUUCCCAGCAAGAGAUGGUGAAGAACAUCGGCAACACGCUCAGGAAUAUCUGCAAGAAAUGGACCCUCAAAGGCGGGCAGAAUUCUUUAUGCAGCAUGCCACACGAUACUAUGAACUCUCUCAUCUGCCGUACUUUGAUGCGGUGCGUAUGACAGUUGUCGACCCUAUGCACAACAUCCUUCUAGGCGUUGUCAAGACACAGUGGCUUGAUGCAUGGAUCAACACGAAGGCCCUCCGAGAGCGAACGGCAGUGAACAAGGUAUGCCGUGAACUUGAUCAAGUGCAUGAAUACCUCAAGAUUUUCGAGAUGCCACAGUGGGUAGCACGUCUGCCGAACAAUGUUGGAUAUGCAGCAGGAGGAUCUCUUACAGCGGAUGAAUGGAAAGGUAUGGCGUUGAAUUACUGCCCAAUAAUUGUUCCUCUCAUAUGGGACAAAUGGCAGCCCUCCGCUGAAGCAACAUAUGAGAAGCGCAUGAAAAAGUGGAAAGCUGAUAACAUCACCCAUCUAUGA